AUGAAGAUGGUGCAUGCGGAGAGAAGAGUGCGUUGUGGUCAAUCUGAGGUGCUGACAUAUGGAAGCGAUUCCUCCGGGACCGUGAAGGUGCUCGUGAAUGGGGUGGAGAAGGGCACGGCCGCAGCCAACACGGUGUCGCAGAUUGUCGAGCAGACUUUCAACACAGGCAACAGGUACAAGAAGAUAUGCGAUAUCCUGCAGGUGCAAGAGACGGACUCAAUCAUCCUCAUUCAAUCAAUAGAGUUCACAUGUGACAUUACCUCGGCGACUGUACCAGUGUGGUCCUACCACGAGACGGUGCCGUCCGGCAGCCUGCCAUACCAGAUGGGCUACCAGGCCGACCUGAACCUCAAUGCGGCAUCUUAUACGGUGAUGAUGUGGCUGAAGCAGGGUGCCAGUGAACCUGAUGAUGCCAUCAUCAUUGGACAGCACAUCGGGACUUCCACUACAACCACUAUGACCUCGGUAACGGUGACAGAGACAACCGUGACCGUUUCAACCACAUCAACUACGCAGAGCACGACGACGGACUUGUGUCAGUGGUUGGUGUACGCAGACCUGUACUCCAGCGGCUUUGCUGGUGGCGUGACCGAUUCUUUCGACCUUCACUCUGCCAAGGAGAAGUGCAAGGAGCUCGGCGAGUCCACCUGCAAGGCGGUGACCUGCGCCAGCGAUGACACCUGCACUGUCCGAUCUGCCGUGAAGCUUGCUGCGAGCGCCUACGGCGAGACGUCCUAUGUGCCGAGCUCCAUUUGUUACCUUGGUGGAUACAGGAACGUAGUGGGACUGACCAGGUCUGGUGUGAAGUGCACAGAUGCUGCAACCGGAAGUGGCUUCAUCAUGUACUCCGCCCAGGACGUGCGAUCGCGCUUCAGCGAGACAAGUCUUCCAACUGACAUGGCCGAUCACCUGAUUUGCGUGAAGUACGCGACUGGUACGGGCUGGAUGUAUGACGACGAUGAAGGAAACUAUGUUGCCUUCAUUGUGCAAGAUACAGAUGUGCUGGUUGCUUCUGUAGACUUUGACGCUGACACUGUCACAAGCCUGGAAGGCACUGACGAUUAUUACGGCUACAUUACGAAGGGUUACAACAGCGGAGACCUGUCUUUCGCUGCAGGGAAGUACGGUGCAAGUACAACAAGCGAUGCUGGAGAGGUGUAUGUCUCCGGAACUUAUUUUGUGGCACCAUCUGUUGACACAGUUGCAUACCCGGAUGUGGUUGCGACAGCGGCAGAUUCACCUAGCCAGUUUACUAGCACGACUGGUCAAAUUGACUACUACCAGCAUGCUACCAGCAGCGUCAGCGAAGUGCAUAUUAGACUCAAGAAUUAUUACAGUGGCUCCGACACAGACAACUGGAAAGUAUUUGAUGGGUCGUAUAUCAGUUCGGUAAAGGUGCAGGAACCCGAUUUGCUUUGGGAAGGGGAGGGCCUGACAUCACGGAUUCACUCAGUUACCCUCUACACCACGACCGAUGGCAACGACUACACGGCCUACUUUCAGACUUCGGACUUGUCUUCAGGCUCCUGGUCGUCAGGCGAGAUCCAGAAUGCAAGUGCCGCAUGGGUUCAGCAGAGCUCCUACUGGAAAUGGACGAUCCCCAUCAAGGUGGAGACAAUGAAGCUUGAAAUUAAACUUCGAAGCUCUGGCCUGGGCUUCAGCGACACACCAGACAGCAACAAUCAUGCCACCAACUCGAUACAGCUCAGUGGCUUCGAAGUCAACCUUCGCAGCACUGUGACAACCACGGCCACUUUGACGACAACAACCCUCACAACCAAGACUGCAACAGGGACUUCAAUUACAGCCACCACAUCCACCAUCACGAUCACGACAACCACUGUUACCUCCUUUCCAUCUGUGGGCUUUGACAGCCUUGCAGACCUGAAGUGCGAGGGCGUAGCUGGGUCUGCCUCGGGACUGACGGAUGCGACGGAAGACCAGUGCAAGUUGGCAUGUUGGACGUCGUCGACAUGCAUUGCCUUCAAUUUGGGCGCGGCCGGUGGUUCGGCCGACAACUGCAAGCUGCUGACUUCCUUCACAAGCCUCACAGCUGAGACUGGCACUACCUGCUAUGUGCGCAUGGCAACCUCGAUGUGCCCCCACAAUUUCCAGUACGCCUACUACUUUGACAGCACGUACUGCUGCGCAACCGACAAAGAGAAAGAUGACGGUUCUGGCAAAGGGUGUGAUGGAAGCGCGAUGCAUGCUGACAGCACGAUUUCUAUGUGCUGUGCCACUCAUUUGCACGUUGGUGGUCUCAUCCAUGGCCCCUGGCAUAGCAUGUCCGCCUCAGGAAGCUGA